AUGGGCAAGCUUCCAAGUCUGAGAAGCAUUAUCAAUCAGGUCGCCAUGACUUCUGCCGAGGAAAACAAGACUGACCCUAACAAUGUAGAAAGUGGCCCUGCCAGCAAGGAGGCCGCAGAAUCGCAACUGCCGAGUGAAAACCUCCAGCGCGGUGUGCAUGAUGUCGAAGCUGUGACACUGUCCUGGUCAAAGGCCUCGCUCAUUGCCGUUUUCAUCAACAUCUGGUUCCUUUACUUUGUCAAUGCAUUCCAAUCAUCUAUUCUCUAUAGUUUGAUUCCGUUCGUGACCAGUGACUUUGAAUCUCAUUCUCUCUUAAAUGUCAUCUACAUCGUUGGCAAUGCCAUGUCAGCCGCAGUCUUCAUUCCAUUGGCAAAGGUCUUGGAUGUCUGGGGUCGUGCUCAAGGUUAUAUGUUCAUGACCGUCUGCUGUACUUUGGGUCUGGUGCUUAUGGCUUCUUGCCACAACCUGUCUAUGUUCUGCGCUGCCUAUGUGUUCUACAUAAUCGGCUUCUCCGGCAUCACAUACUGUGUCGACGUACUAACAGCCGAUGCAUCCAAGCUGAAAAAUCGUGGUUUGGCCUAUGCUUUCACCUCCUCUCCAUACAUGAUUACAGCGUUUGCGGGUCCCAAGGUAUCCAACGAUUUCUACUACAACAUCAAUUGGCGAUGGGGUUUCGGCUGCUUUGCAAUCAUCUUCCCUGUUGUUGCUGCGCCUCUGUACUUUGUCUUGAGGAGAAGCCUGAAAAAUGCCGACAGGAUGGGUCUCGUGAAGAGAGAGAAGAGCGGCCGCACAUUGUUGCAGAGUAUUUGGUACUAUACUUUGGAGUUUGAUGCAAUUGGCGUUGUUCUCUUCUCUGUCGGUCUUACAGUGUUCUUCCUUCCCUUCGACUUGGCUAGCUACGCUCCCAAUGGCUGGGCAUCCGGAUAUAUCAUCGCUAUGAUCGUUGUCGGAUUCGUCUUGCUAGUCACCUUCGCGUUCUACGAGUGGCUAUUGGCCCCCAAACCCUUGUUUAACUUCUCCUUCCUUUCCGAUAGAACUGUCAUUGGUGCCUGUCUCUUGGAUGCCACAUACCAGAUCUCCUACUACUGCUGGAACAACUACUUCACAUCCUUCCUGCAAGUUGUCAAUGAUUUGUCGAUUGACACUGCGGGAUACGUCAACAACACGUUCAACGUUGUUUCCGGGAUUCUGUUAUUCAUUGUCGGUUACUCGAUUCGACGAACGGGCAAGUUCAAAUGGCUCCUGUACAUUGCCGUGCCUCUCUACGUCUUCGCUCAGGGUCUUAUGAUCUAUUUCCGCCGUCCUAAUCAGUCUGUCGGAUAUCUCAUCAUGUGUCAGAUCUUCAUCUCCAUUGGUGGCAGUAUCUUCAUCAUCCUCCAGCAGGUCUCCAUCGAGGCUGCUGUCGACCAUCAACACGUCGCUGCCGUUCUCGCGCUACUUAAUGUAGUCGGCACUGUUGGAGGUGCUAUUGGCGCCACCAUUUCCGGCACUAUCUGGUCUAACACGUUCCCUGUAGCCCUAGAACGGUACUUGCCAGAGUCUGCUAUGGCAGACUUUGACACUAUUUAUGGAGAUAUAGGCACGCAGCUCAGUUAUGCUGUUGGAAGUGAGACCAGACUUGCGAUUCAGGAGGCAUAUGGCUAUGCGCAGACUAGAAUGCUUGCUGCUGGCACUGGUAUCAUGGGACUUGCAUUCAUCUGGAUCUUCUUCUUCAGAAACAUUGACGUUUCCAAGAAAAGCCAAGUCAAGGGCAUGGUCUUCUAA